AUGGCUGCUGCGGGGCCCCUAGCGGGCCUUCGUGCUGCCGCGAGGCCCUCGUGGCUCGAAGACGAGCCGCAUCAGAAGCCCUGGCAGCAGCAGCAAGACACCCUCAGCAGCAACAGCAGCAGCAGCAGCAGCAGCAGCAAUGUGGGCUUGGGGGCUCGCGCCUACGUCUACUUCACCACAGAUAUGCCCGAAGCCCUCCAGCUGCCGCAGGAGCCCAUCAGCAUUGAGGUGUCUGUACACCGCAGUGAAUUGUCCAGGCUGGUGAACAAGCUGCUGGCAGCAAAGCAGCCAGAGUUGUGGCCCUCGGCGCAGCCCCUGGACUUUUACGUGGACUGCAAGACUCUUCUUGUCAAGUCCCUCAAGGAGCAUAUGCAGCAGCUGGGCCUCACUGCGGAAGUCCCAGUUCGCCUUCACUACGAGAUUGCGAGAAGGCGAGGGCCGCAGCAGCAGCUGCCGCCCGUGCCGGACUGGAUUUCUGCAGUUGCUGUGGCCAAAACUCAGGGGCCGAUUGUGUCUGCGUGCUACGACGGGGUGCUGCGGCUGCAUUCUGCUGCUGCUGCUGCUGAGGUGGGGGCCCCCUCUUUGCUGCAUGCAGUGCCAUUGGGGCAGGGGCCCCUUGCUGCUGUUGCUGCUGUUGACAUGGGGGCCCCCAGCAGCAGCUUGCAGCUGUGUCUGGCGGCCACUCGGGGGGGGGGCCUCGUCCUCGUCUCCAUGGCCGACCCCAGCAGCAGCAGCAGCAGCAGCAGCAGCAGCAGCAGCAGGAGCAGCUGCUGCUGGACACACAGAAUUGUUGCUGCUGGGGCCCACGGGGGCCCCGCCAGCGCUGUGGCCACGUGGGGUGCAGCGCAGCUAACUGCUGUGGGUGGUGGCGACGGCCGCAUAACUUUGUGGGAAACAGCAGCAGCAGCAGCAGCAGCAGCAGAAGCAGCAGCAGCAGCAGCGGGAGCGGGAGCAGGGGGCGCCGCAGGGGAGGCAGCAGCGGGGGAAGCAGCUCGGGAGGACGGUGGGAGGCGCCAGAAGCGGCGCGCUUCUGUUGCUGCGGCUGCUCCCGCUGCUGCUGCUGCUGCUGCUGCUGCUGCGGGGCCGCUGCAGCGCCUGUCUCCUGUGUCUCUCUUUGCAUGCGCUUCUCCAGUGACUGACGUCGUUUUUGGUGAUUCAUUUUGCUGCUCCGCUUCUGAGGACGGCUUGCUGCAGCUGUGGGACCCGCAGAGGGCGCAGCCAGCAGCAGCAGCAGCAGCAGCAGCAGCAGCAGCAGGGAAGUGGCGCUGCAGAUCAACCCCGCUGGCCCUCGCGCUAAGUGCUGCUGACCAAAAGCUGCUUGCUGCUGCUCAUGCUGACGGGCGGGUGCGGCUGUACGAUGUCCGUACACCUGGAGGGCUGGCGCUGGAGACAGCAGCAGCAGCAGCAGCAGCAGCAGAUGUGGGGUCUGGAGACGAUCCCCGCGACCCCACCUUCAGCCAGCGGCUGGCCUUCAAGACGAGGCACGCGCGGCUUCCCGCUGCAGUGGCCUGGGCCCCCAGUAGCAGCAGCAGCAGCAGCAGCAGCAGCGGGCAGCCGCUGCUCGCGUCUGCAGGACAGGAUGGCUGCGUGCUGCUGCACGACCUGCGGUCUGCUGCUGCUGCUGCUGCUGCUUUCAAGGCGCAGCAAGGGGGCCUCCCCGUCCGCCUGCUUUGCUGCUCCUGGUGUACAGACACCGCAGUUGCUUCUGCUGGCAGCGACGGCAGAAUUCGAAUCCACCAUUUGUUGGGGGGCCCCCACGCUGCAGCAGCUCUCCACUAA